AUGAACUCCAUAUUGUCAAGCGUCCUGCCUGCUCCAGAAGAUCCCAUUAUUCGUGUGUAUUAUGCUAGUAGAGAUGAUCCUAGUCCGGUCAAGUUGAAUUUGAGCAUAGGUGCCUAUAGAACUGAGGAAGGAAAGCCUCUUCUUCUUGAGGUGGUGAGAAGAGCAGAGCAAGAGUUAGCAAACGACAAGUGCCGAGACAAGGAAUAUCCUCCACUUGAUGGACUUGCUGAUUUUAACAAAUUAAGCGCUAAGCUCGUCUUAGGUGAUGAUAGUUCUGCAGUGAAAGAGAAAAGAGUUGUUACAAUACAAUGUUUGUCUGGUACUGGUGCUUUGAGAGUUGGAGCUGAGUUUCUAGCAAAAAACCACCAACAAAGUGUCAUUCUCGUUCCAAACCCAACGUGGAGUAACCAUCCACCUCUUUUCACUUUGGCGGGUUUGUCAGUAGAGUAUUUUCGUUAUUAUGAUCCAAAAACUCGAGGAAUCGACUUCCAAGGACUGCUCGAGGAUCUUGGUGCUGCGCCCUCUGGAGCUAUAGUGGUGUUGCAAGCUUGUGCGCAUAACCCCACAGGAGUCGAUCCAACACUCGAACAAUGGGAACAGAUUCGACAAGUAGUGAGGUCUAAAAGACUAUUACCCUUCUUUGAUAGUGCAUAUCAGGGUUUUGCUAGUGGUAGCCUUGACAGAGAUGCACAAGUGAUUCGCAUGUUUGUUGAUGAUGGAGGAGAAUGUUUGAUAGCUCAAAGUUUUGCCAAAAACAUGGGUCUUUAUGCGGAGCGUAUUGGCGCUCUUACCAUUGUAUGCGAGUCAGAAGAUGUGGCUAGGAAAGUUCAAAGCCAAGUGAUACUUAUUGUGAGAUAUAUGUAUCUUUGUCCACCUACUCAUGGAGCAUCAAUUGUUACAACAAUUCUUAAAAACAGUGAUAUGUACAAUGACUGGACCAUUGAGCUGAAAGGAAUGGCUGAUCGCAUAAUUAGCAUGCGCCAACAGUUAUUUGAAGCUAUACAAGCUCGAGGCACACCUGGUGAUUGGAGUCACAUUAUCAAACAGAUUGGGAUGUUUUCUUUCACAGGAUUGAAUGAGAAGCACGUUCGCUUGAUGGCUAAAGAGUAUCACAUUUACAUGACUGAUGAUGGGAGGAUAAGCAUGGCAGGUCUUAGUCCAAAGACAAUACCUCAACUCGCUGAUGCUAUACAUGCUGUAAUAUUUGCUUAUAGAGAUGAUCCUAGUCCGGUUAAGUUGAAUUUGAGCGCAGGUGCCUAUAGAACUGAGGAAGGAAAGCCUCUUGUUCUUGAGGUGGUGAGAAGAGCAGAGCAACAGUUAGCGAAUGACCUGUCCAGAGACAAGGAAUAUCCUCCACUUGAUGGACUUGCUGAAUUUAACAAAUUAAGCGCUAAGCUCGUCUUAGGUGAUUAUAGUCCUGCAAUGGAAGAGCAUAGAGUUGUUACUAUACAGUGUUUGUCUGGUACUGGUUCACUGAGAGUUGGUGCUGAGUUUCUAGCCAAAAACCACCAACAAAGUGUCAUUUUCGUUCCAAACCCAACAUGGGGAAACCAUAUCCCUAUUUUCACUUUGGCGGGUUUGUCAGUAGAGUACUUUCGUUACUAUGAUCCAAAAACUCGAGGAAUCGACUUCCAAGGACUGCUCGAGGAUCUUGGCGCUGCACCAUCUGGAGCUAUAGUGGUAUUGCAAGCUUGUGCCCAUAACCCCACAGGAGUUGACCCAACACUUGAACAAUGGGAACAGAUUCGGCAAAUAGUGAGAUCUAAAAGAUUAUUACCCUUCUUUGAUAGUGCAUAUCAGGGUUUUGCUAGUGGUAGCCUAGACUCCGAUGCACAAGUGGUUCGUAUGUUUGUUGAUGAUGGAGGAGAAUGUUUGAUAGCUCAAAGUUUUGCCAAAAAUAUGGGUCUUUAUGCGGAGCGUAUUGGUGCUCUUACCAUUGUAUGCGAGUCAGAAGAAGUGGCUAGGAAAGUUCAUAGCCAAGUGUUACUUGUUGUGAGACCUAUGUAUCUUUGUCCACCAACUCAUGGAGCAUCCAUUGUUACCACAAUUCUUAAAAAUAGUGAUAUGUACAACGACUGGACCAUUGAGCUAAAAGCAAUGGCUGAUCGCAUAAUUCGCAUGCGCAGACAGUUAUAUGAAGCUAUACAAGCUCGAGGCACACCUGGUGAUUGGAGUCACAUUAUCAAACAGAUUGGGAUGUUUUCGUUCACAGGAUUGAAUGAGAAGCACGUUCGCUUGAUGGCUAAAGAGUAUCACAUUUACAUGACUUAUGAUGGGAGGAUAAGCAUGGCUUCUCUAAGUUCAAAGACAAUACCUCAACUCGCUGAUGCUAUACAUGCUGUCGUUACAUGCGUCGGCUAA